UCCGGUCGUCAGGACCCAGACGGAACGGGCACCCGCUCCGCGCGCCGCGCCGUCCUCAUUGGCGCACGGGCAGUUGCGGGCGGUCCCCGCGCCUGCGAUUGGUCGGCCGGCGGGGGGAGCGCAGCCGAGCGGGCGACAGCGUCAUGGAGGCGCCUGGGGCGCUGCGCAAGUCCCGGGCGCGGGCGUCCGCGAUUCCUGAGGAGCUUCGGAAGCGGCAGCGGCGGAGGGAGAGAAUUGAAGAGGAUCAAGAGGAGGCCGUCUUCCGCGAAGUGGUCAGUUUCACCCCGGAUCCUUUGCCGGUCAGAUACUAUGACAAGGACACCACCACCCCCAUCAGCUUUUACUUGUCGUCCCUGGAGGAGCUCUUGGCGUGGACACCCAACAUGGAGGACGGCUUUAAUGUGGCCUUGGGGCCCUCCCAGUGUCGGCAGCCCCCCCUGAGCAGCCGGAGGCCCCGGACUUUGCUCUGCCACGACAUGAUGGGCGGGUACCUGGAUGACAAGUUUGUCCAGGGCUCGGCGGCCUCGAGCGCCUACACCUUCUACCACUGGCAGCACAUCGACAUCUUUGUGUACUUCAGCCACCACAUGGUCACCGUCCCCCCGGUGGGCUGGACCAACGCCGCCCACAGGCACGGGGUCUGCAUGCUGGGCACUUUCAUCACCGAGUGGAAACAAGGGGGACAGUAUUGCGAAGCCUUCCUGGCCGGGGACGAUCGCUCGUACCAGGCGGUGGCGGAUCAGCUGGUCCUGAUGGCCCAGUUUCUGCGCUUUGAUGGCUGGCUGGUCAACAUUGAGAACUCCCUGAGUCCGGCUGCUGUAGGGAACCUGCCCCGGUUUCUCCAGUACCUGACAGCGCAGCUGCACCAGCAGGUCCCGGGCGGCCUGGUGCUCUGGUAUGACAGCGUGGUGAGCAGCGGGCAGCUCAAGUGGCAGGACGAGCUGAACGAGCACAACCGGGUCUUCUUUGACGCCUGCGAUGGCAUCUUCACCAACUACAACUGGCGGGAGGAGCACCUGGAGCACAUGCGGGGCCAGGCCGGGGAGCGCCAGGCCGACGUCUACGUGGGGGUGGACGUGUUCGGCCGGGGCAGCGUCGUGGGGGGCCGCUUCGACACCAACAAGUCGCUGGAGCUGAUCCGGAAGCACGAGUUCUCGGUGGCCCUGUUUGCGCCCGGCUGGGUCUAUGAGUGUCUGGAGAAGACGGAAUUCUUCCAGAACCAGGACAAGUUCUGGAGUUUGCUGACCCGCUAUCUGCCCACGCACAGCAUCUGCUCUUUGCCCUUUGUCACGUCCUUCUGCCUGGGCAUGGGGACUCGCAGAGUCUGCUAUGGCCAGGAGGAGGCGGUGGGGCCCUGGUAUCACCCUGGCGCCCAGGAAAUCCAGCCCCUGUUUGGCGAGCACAGGCCGGAAGGGGACGGACAGGGCUGGGUGAAGACACACGUCUGCCUGGCCGAUGCCUGGAACGGGGGCAGCUCCCUGCUCAUCCGGGGCCUGAUCCCGCCCAAGGUUGGGCAGGUGGCUGUGAGGUUGUUCUCCCUGCAGGUCCCAGUGCCACCCAAGAUCUUCCUGUCGCUGGUGUACAAGCUGGAAGGGCCUGCCCAAGUCAGCGUCGCUUUGGAGCUCACCACGGGGGACGCGGGCAGCUGUCACGUCGGUGACAUCUCAGCGCUGAGUGCAGAAACAAGCUCCAGGCACAGUCCCCGACCCCUGCGAGUGCCGCCCACCAAGCUGGCCAGGUGGGCGGCCCGCUGUGGCCAGCAGCUCAGCGGGGGCUGGGUCCAGCGCUGCUACGAGCUCAGCCUGCGCGGCUGCCUCCUGGAGGACCUCUUUGUGAGCUUCGCCCGGCCGCCGGGCAGCCAGGACGAGGAGAGCUUCGCCUGCCGCCUUGGGGAGAUCCAGGUGGUAGAUGCCUACAGCCUGCUGAGCCCCCUGCCCCGGGUGCAGGGCGUCUCCGUGUCUCGGGCCCGCUGGCAGGAGGCGGCUCUCGAGGGCGCAGGGCCCCCGACUGGGCUCCGGCUUAGCUGCACUCUGCACUGGUCCUACCCCCUGACCCACGUCCGAUGCUUCCGGAUCCACUGUGGCCAAGGGACAGGAGGAGGCCCUCCCAGCGGGGGGCCACUGGAGCCGGAGAAGCCCACGUUUCUGGGCCUGGCUUUUGUCAACCAGUACCGGGUCGUGGACCUGACGGUGGCAGAGGCCGGGCCGGGCCAGGAUGGCCGAGUGGAGUUCCUGGUGCAGCCUGUCCCCACGGAGGGGUUCCUGGUGCCCCAGGCCGAGUGGGGCAGGGCGGCCUUGCUGUACUCCAGGCCCAGCACGUGAGCGAGCCCUGAGGGCGCUCCCACCGCUCGGCGCAGGCUUCUCCCACGCUGGGGCCCCACUGCAGGCGGCAGAAGGCCCGGGGCCUGUGGCUU